AUGGGCAAGCGCGCCACCGAGUUCUCAAAGCUCAUCGGGUCGUCGCCAAAGUUCGUCUCCCUGCCGGACUACUCCAGUCUGCUCGACGUGAACAUCGCGGUGCCUGGCGUCGCAUCAAAGCGCCAAACUGCGGUGUGCGCCAUGAGACAGGAGACCGCCUCCCUACUGCACGAGCGACUGGCAGGACGACUACUUGUCUACACCGAUGGCUCGGGGACGCCGGACGGGUCCGGUGCUGCGGCUUUCACGGCACAGGACAUCUCGGAAACGCGCCAGUGCCGACCGCGCUUUGCCGCGUCGUCGGCAGUGGCCGAACUCGCCGCCAUCGAUCUCGCUGCCGACCUCCUUUUGCAACAUCCGAACAUUAUGUCAGCGGCCAUUCUCACUGACUCUCGUGCGGCGCUUUGCAUGCUGGCCAGGGACUACGCCCGAGUGUACCUUGUUGUUCGAGUUGGCUGCAAGCUGCGACACAUCGUGAAUCAAGGCUGCGACCUGGCGCUUCAAUGGAUACCCGCACACAUCGGAUUGCCAGGCAACGAGGAGGCUGACUCCCUCGCCAAGGCGGCGCACAGUGAGCGCUUUCCCCUCACCCAAUUGGUGACGAGCUUCGACGCGGCCAACACAGCGGUACUACGCAGCCUCACUGCGCAACACCCCGAUCGGCACGUCGCGGGGGGAACGCCCCCGCGCCUGCUCCCGCGUGUGGGCCUCUCUCGGGCUGACUGCACCUUCCUUGUCCGCCUGCGCAUCGGCUGCUACAAAACAGCGGCGUGCACUCACAGACUCACGGAAAGCGGCAGCCCCGUGUGUGGUAGCUGCGACGGCGUGGAGACACUGGAGCAUGUUCUACGUCACUGCCCGGCCUUCGGGACCGAGAGGGAGGCUCUGUACGCCUCCUACCGCUGA